AUGUAUAUGGGGUUCCCAUCGAAGUGGAGAAAUUGGGUGAUGGGGAUACUAUUCACGGGGAGAGGUUCGAUAUUGGUAAAUGGCUCUCCUACGGACGAGUUUCAAUAUAAAAGAGGAUUAAGGCAAGGGGACCCUUUAUCACCUUUUCUUUUUAUUGUGGCUAUGGAAGCUUUGCAUAUUUUGAUGGUAAGGGCAAAAAAUAAUAAUAUGUUUUCUAGAAUAAAAUUGAAUCAGCGCAAAAGUCAGCUUUACGGCAUGGGUAUAUCGGAGGAGGAAAUAGAAGGUAUGGCAUCGAUAUUUACUUGCAAGGCUAGAAAGUUCCCAUUUAUAUAUCUAGGUUUGAAGGUGGGUGCAAAUAUGAACAAGCUAGCGAAUUGGAAAGAAGUUAUUGACAUGUUUAACAAAAGACUUUCAAAUUGGAAGGCAAAAAACUUGUCAUUUGCUGCCAGGGUCAUUCUCGUAAAAUCAAUGCUCGACGAUUUACCUAACUAUUAUAUAUCUCUGUACAAGUGCCCUAUUGGAGUACUGAAGAUACUGGAAGGGCUACGUAGGAAGUUCUUAUGGGGCGGAUGUAAUUCAAAUAACAAAAUAAGAUGGGUGAAAUGGGAAAAGAUUGUGGCAUCGAAAGAUUUCGGAGGCCUCAGCAUAGGGAAUAUUAGAGAUUUGAACUUGGCUUUGUUGGUUAAAUGGUGGUGGAGACUGAAAAUGGAGCCAGAAAACUUAUGGGUGAAAGUGAUAAAGUCGAUUCAUGUUAGCCAAAGGAAGGAGGAAUCAAUACCGAUAAAAAAAAUCUCUGCCUUGCAUAUGGAAAAAUAUCGGUGA